AUGCCUGUCAAUCCAUUCAUAGCAAUUGAUGCUGGCUCAACGUUCAACUUUGGCCCCGCUGCUAACUUCCUCCAAAAGUCUCCCGCAACACCAGAAAGUCUUGUGCAGCGCAAAUCUGCGGUGCCUCACGCCAAACGCCCUCGACGCAGUCCUCCGCUACCCGUCCAACAGCUCUCGCCGCCCCACGACAACGGUUCCGACCAGACAAAGCUGGACCAUCCUCCACGUCACAAAGGGUCCGAUAUAAACGUCGUCGCCCCUGGGAAGAGUAAACAAAAGUCUUCAUGGGACCCGCUUGCGCGAUAUCAUUCCGAAGCAAAUUCAUUCCCUGACUAUGGGAACCCUAGUGAUGAAAUGAGCUCUAGACGGAUGCGGGAAAUCAAUCGUGGCACGGCAGGAGGACUAAAUACGUUGACCAGACCCCCACGCCCUCUUAGUAUGGGCAUAUCUAGCCAAAGCCCCCAAGAGAAAAGACAGAAGGACACAACAUUGUCGCCGCCAGAUGCCGUAUUUAGCCCAUACUUUGCGAAUCAGCGAGACGCCAAGAUCCACGAUCUAACUGGGUCUUCCCAAGACGAUGCAUGGGAGUUGAGAAGUACGUCGAGCUCCGGGAAACAUAAAGCUUUCAGUGGCCUCAUCACCGGAGUUGAGGAGUUGCAUCCCAAGGGGCCCAAUGUUCUGAGCAAGCCACGAGUCCGAAAGAGCCGAUCGUCAUCCGCACCUAAACAGAUACUGGAAAGUGCGCGUCAGGCACACAUCAUUGAUGUUGAAGAGGAGCAUCUCCACGACAACACUCAUACCGUUCAGAACCCUGAUGAGUUGGAAGAAGCAGUGAGCCCUCCACCUGCAAAAGUCACAUCCGACAUUGGACGCCCCGCAAAUAAACGAGGACGACCGUCGAAUUUUGCAGACACCUCCAGUCCACAUGUUAAACGAACAAGAAUUUUCUGGGCAGAGUCUAUUGACUCAGAGGACGAACUGAGCAAAGAUCCUGGUCCACAGACCAGGAAGAAGACGAAUUUCUCCGACUUGGCCACCCCAAGGCGGAAGUCUUCAUCUCGUGGUGACAUUCCCCAAACUCAGUUCACGGCUCCUGCAAAAUCACAACGAAGAGGAUCCCUGACAGCAAAUAAUGCCGUGCGUGAUUUAUGUGUCAGAAGAGCAGUGUGUGGGAAGUUAUUUUACAAUGAGGAUGACGACCAACGUGGACAAUUAAUCCUGCAGCAGGCUGGUAGCUCGACAACACUAGUACCUAAAUUUCCAACAGACGACGAUGCUACUCUGGAAUGGAUGAAGCUUACGCUGGACAGCAUUCUUCGUUUAGAUCAUGCUAAGGGCAAAAGUCAUUUUGUUUUCAUCCGUCGGCCUCGAUCGCACCAAUCUGGGGGACCACUGUGGCUGCAACUUGCAGACCACCGAGACGUCUUCAAUCUGCUCAAGGCCGUGGAACCGGUUGCUUCCGUGGACACCCAAUACUGCGCCGCUGAUGAGCUUGAAACCAAAUGGGACAAGGCUAUGAAUAGAGCAGCAACGUAUGGCGCCUCACACCAGGGAAAAGUAACUAAGUCAGAUGAUACUUCGAGCUCGAGAGAAGCAAAUGAUAAAACAAGGGUUGAUGGGCACAAGGACGCACGGAAUGGAAACCGUAGCGACCCCCGGCUCACAAGGAUAAUCGACAAGUUGACCAAUUCCGCUGCAGAGCGAGAAAACGGGCCCGAUGGUACAGCAAAGGGCAGUGAAGUGGUUGUUUCACAAGCUCCUACCACUCGUCGAACUAGGAGGUCUUCGCCGGUGUAUAUUCCACGAGAACUGAGUCCAGAUCGAUGGACCCGCGAUAAUCCAGGAUGGAGAGAAAGGUGGCACAAGUCACUUGUUUUUCCAACCACAGGCAAAAACAGAGCCACUGUGGACGACAACGAUAUCUCAAGACUCGACGAGGGUGAAUUUCUGAACGACAACCUGAUAAGCUUCUACGUGCGGUAUCUCCAAUUCAAAUUGGAAAGCGAGAAGCCAGAACUCUUGAACCAAGUGUAUUUCUUCAGCACUUUCUUCUUUGAGAAGCUGAGGUCGACCAAAGGCAAAAUCAACUAUGAUGGCGUGAAGGCUUGGACAACCAAGUUCGACCUGCUUUCGUACGACUAUAUCGUGGUCCCUGUCAACGAGAAUGCCCACUGGUACUUGGCAAUUAUCUGUAACACGCCCUACGCUGUUCAUGGCAUGCCCGAGGAUGAGGUGUCGAAGAAGGAGGAACGAGCGUCUUCAGAGAUAAAAACUAUUGCACAUGAUAUGUCGGGUGUAUCUAUACAAGAUGACGAUGUCAUCACAUCCCCUGCUGAUGAGCCAGCUGAUAUAGAUCUCUCCAGCUCCACAAAGACGUUGCAGCAUUCCUCCCCAGCACCGAAAAAUACAGCUGCAAAGACCUCAGCAGCGACUCAACAAGUUGAUUCCAGGCUACCGAAAGUAAUCACAUUGGACUCCUUGGGCAGCGCCCACAUGGCGACAUGCAGAGCGUUGAAAGAGUACCUCAUUGCCGAAGCGAAAGACAAGAAGGGUGUUGACUUGGCCAUAGUUCCUGCUGGGAUGACUGCCAAAAAGAUUCCCGAGCAGGACAACUUUUGCGACUGCGGAGUUUUCGUCUUGGGCUACAUGGAAGAGUUCUUGAAGGAUCCGGAAGGGACUGUCUGUAAACUCCUGCGUAAGGAGCCUUUGAAUUGGGAGAUUCGACCGUCCCUGUUGCGCAAUCAGGUUCGUAAUCUGUUGUUUGAGCUACAGGAUGAGCAACAGGCGAGGCUAGAGAAGGAGCUAGCCGAGAAGCGCCUGUUGUCCUCGCGGAGGCGAGCAGCUGCCCGAGCUGGAGGUCGGGGGCCGCAAGAGAUCUCUUCUCCUACUCCUGUGAGGGAGAAGCUAUCAAGCAGACAAUCUGGAGCUCCGCCGAGCGUCACGUUGACCCCGAAGGAGCCGGUGGCAGACAGCCCACCAAUGGACGAACAGGGAGCUGGCACUCCAACACAAACUAAACAGCCUUCCACUGACGACAAGGAGGUAAAAUUGACCGACAUCUCCAACGGCAAACCUAGUAACGGGAAAAGCACUCCCGACGAUGUUUUUUACUCAGAUAGGUCGUCGCCAGGUCACAAGCCGAAGAAUGGUGCGACAGACGCUGCAGAACCUACGGAGCUAGAUUCACCAGCAUCAGCAUCAACUGAUAAGUCGUCGAAGGACAAUGGCAUGGUCCAAACACUCUCUGAAUCCUCACCUGAGAUUGAAGCGCAAAUGAAAAAGACCAUCCCAAAAGCGCAGAAGAGUGUUGCUGUUGAACCAGUUGACGUGGAAGAAGUGACUGCCAUUUCACCCAACAGGGUGACUAGACAAAAGUCUAAGCAACUAGAGUCGUCACCCCCCAUGGUACAAACCAUCCGCUCUAGUCAAAGCUCGUCGCCUAAAAAGUUGCGAGCUCGAUAUGAUGGUAUUGAUCGGUCUGUGGAUCCCAUUUGA